AUGAAAGGCCGCAAGAAACGUACGCCUAAGAAACGUGCCCCUAGUCACAAUGAUCCACAUGGAGAAACAGGGACUACGGACAAUGUAGUUAGGCCUAAUGAAUUUGUCGACGUCAGUGUUAAUGAUUUUGAACAGCCUGGUGGAGAUGAUAUAAUGUUCAAUGCGGGAGGGGAUGCUGAUGAUCCAUCUAGAUGGGAAUAUCAGAGCGAAUAUGUACAUAAUCCCUUUGGUGCAGGCCCUUCCGGUGUUAAUAAUCAAAGAGGUUCUUCCGGUGUCAAUAAUCAAAGAAGUGAACAAAACACGGUUAUUUCUGAUCCGGGAAAUUCUGCAUUUGAAAAUCCUACUCAAUUCUUCGAGUGGCCAGACCCUCCACGCCAAUAUGAUUGCACUUACUGUCAAGUUUUAAGAUACAUUGUCCACAUUAAAGGCCAAGAACAAAGUACAAAACUUGAAAUCCAUGGUAGAAUUGGUAUGGUUUGUCAUGGAAUACUUGAAAUCAGUAGCGGUGAUACGACUGCUCCAAACAGAGAGUAUCGCACAUUUGACUUUUGCCAGAAAAGUUUAUCUGAUGUAAAGAAGUUCCUAAUUGAGUAUUAUGAAGACCGCGCAAACACCUCUUAUGCUACAGUGGAUGAUCCACUUCUGACAUUCUACGACACAUUGUGUGCUCGAUCCGAAUAUGAUUGGGUUUUUAAUAAUGAUAAUGAAGCAGAGGCUCAGGGGGGUGGAGUUAGACCAAAAAAGAGAACCGUUGUAGAGCAGAGAGCAUACUGCGAAACUCUGACUAUACAAGAUGUUUUGCCUUAUUUCCAUCUCCGGCAAUCAGAAGCUGCUAAGCUUCUUGGAUUAGGGACAACAAAACUCAAAGAGAUUGUUCGGAACGCAGGGAUACCGAAGUGGCCAGCUAGAGAGGUAAACGCGAAAGACCGGGCAAUUAAGAAAAUAGUCAAGAAAAUGAAUCCAUCAAAUCCCCGAAAAAAGGCAAUGGCUGAGAAAGAAAUACAGGAGCUUCAGAAAGCUAUAGCGGAUAUUUAUGCUCCUCUCCAGAAAAAAAAUGCUGCAGGUUAA